GAUCUCUUUUUGAAGGCGGGACCAAGCGUCAACCCGGAAGAGAGUUACGAGUUGUUUAUCUUUUCAUUGUAGUCUGAGGUGCAUACGAGACGCCCUGCAUCUUGGCGAGGGAUGGAUGCUACUCAGGUCAUCAACUACUCCACCCUAGAGUCAGAUGAGGAGGAAAAGAAUGAAGAAGAGAAACCGAAACCAUUAGCUAAGCUGUGCAUCUUAAAGAAUGACCACAUCCCUGAAAGAGACUUUCCCCUUUUUAUUGGAGAUAACGUGCUCGGUCGGGAUGCCGACACCUGUGCCCUGCCCUUGCCGGCGCCCUCUGUGUCCAAGCAGCACGCCACCAUUUGCAUCUCUGUCCACCGGAGACGAGGAUCCUCCAGCAGAGCCGAUAUAGAGGCUUUGGUUUGGGAUCUAGGCAGCAUGAACGGCACCCGCAAGGGCCGCUUGAAGUUGACCCCGAAUGUACGCUACGCCCUCAGCGACGGUGAUCGCCUGUCGGUGGCGGACAUCCCGUGUCAGUUUGUUGGCUGGGAGGGCCGGGGGACUCCUGAGAGCCUUAAGGUGGAUGCCAGUGGAAGUACGCAGGCUUCAGCUGUGGUGGCCCUUUUUGGUGAAGCACAGAACAGUCCUGUUCAGAACAGCUGUCUGUCCUUUGAGAAGACUCCAGUGCAGGUGCAGGGGACGCUGGUCGCAGAGUCUGACUUGGACUCGGAUGGAGAGAGUCAGGGGCACCGUGAGGGCAGACGCAAGUCCCUCGAUUCAAGUUCAGACUCUUCUAAACCCAGCGCCACCUGUUCAACCUUCUUGAGUCCUUCAAACAAAAUAGUUCCUGAAAGUGAGGAUGAAAGCCCCAUCACACCGUCAUCUUCUACCAGAAAGAAGCCUUGCAGAUAUGUCAGCUUCAGCGAAGAGGAGCCUGACAUAAAUGCUGGGCGACAGCAGUUUGAGAACAAAACCUCGCCUGCGACUGUAGACGACAGUGACAAAGGGGAAGGCGCCGUGGUAAAUGGCCAGACACCAGGAGGAACGAGGCUUGAGGAGAAAAAACAUGGCGCGCUGGAUCAACACAGAUUUAUAAGAGAGGAAAGCUUGCCACGUGUGUCCAAAAGCAGUGCGAUCCCUGUUUUUAACAUGGACAGCGAUACAGAUGUGGAGGACGCUGAUGAUGACAGACCCCUAGAAGAGACUGACCGAGAUGUGUCACAUGACGCCCCAAAAGUAGAUUUAGCACCUCCAGUGCUGCCGGAUGACUUCCAGCUUGACAGCGACAUAGAUGUGGACGAGGGUGCUGACACCAGCAGAGAUAAAACCCUUUCCAGGCUAGACUUAAAGAUGAGCGACUUGUCAGAGACAGAUGAUGAUCAGGGCUCUGCCUUUAAUACACAUCCUGAUGUCAGAGGAUCAAGCAACAAUCAUGGGCCUACGGCAGCCAUUUCCACUGAUAUCACCAUAGCAGCUGCUGAGUCUGAUGUAGACACAGAUGUCGAUGAAUCCAAUGUGCCCCCUGCUGGAGGUGGACAGGACAGCGAUACAGACAUGGAGGACCAAAUCCCAAGUCUUCCGGAUAUAAAAACACCGGGGUUGAAUGCUCAAUUGCUGGAGAACUGCUCCACUCCUGUGCAAGAAAAUGACGUGGAGGAAAUGGAGACCCAAGCCUUCCUUACUCCUUCUCAGGGUCCAUUUAAAUGUGCUAUAAGACGUACAGCGUUUUCUUCAUGCUCAGACGAUCUUGAGCAUGAGGAUGUUAUCGUGGCUGAGACGCAGCCCUUUAACCUUCAGACCCGAGUGCAGGUUCACUGUGACAACAGUGACACCAGCCCACCAUCAGAACCUGUAUCCUCCAGCGAGGAGACAGAAGAAGUGCAUAGUGCAGGGCCGUCUUUCCAGCUGGGUUUGUCGGACAGCAGCCACCUGCAAAGUCAUGCCCAUGCUCUGGCCAUGGAAAACACGGAGGCUUUUGUCCCUGUGAGUGUUGAGGCUACACAAGAGUAUGGAACUCCAUACCACCACAGGGAUGAUUUAAACAUCGAGGACACCCAAGCUUAUGCGGAGCCUGCCAAGAGUCCAGUGCGGCAGGUUGAGCUGGCUUUACAAGAAACUCAGGCAUAUAUUUCUGAGCCUUACAAUGAGUCUGAAGAUGACUUGGAUGAAGAAACCCAACCUUUGGAUGGGACUUCCUUUUCUGCUAACCUUGUUUUGGCUCAAGCUCUACCUGCUUUAAUGGCAGAACCAUCUUCAAACAAUUUCACAUUGUUGCAAACUCAAGGCCAGAUAUCGAUGGAAGCAGACUUAAGCGAGGAACACGAGGAGGAGGCCGGCGAAACAUGCAAUGAAACUGGAUCCAUGCCUGAAAACCAACCGGUGUGUACAAUUGAGUUUUACUCAAUUCCAGUUUUACUGAAAAAUAAAGCAAUGCCUCAGCAGCUUGAAAAAGAGACUCAACCCUUGAUUAGUGGUGACUUUUCUGUAGGUAACACCCAGUCUAUUGGCACAGCUCAGACUCAGUCCACACCUACAAGUGUAACCAAGGAGAGUGAUGGUGAGGGCCCAAUUCCUGGAUUGGUACAGCUUCAAAAUGAGACGCAAUCCAUUACAACUAUCGCGGUUGAUAAGCAGCCGAUAGCUACAAGUGAUGAUGAUGAAGGCGAUAGCGAGGACUCAAUUCCUAUUUUACAUCAAAAAAGAAAAGCAAGGCCACUUGAAGAGACCCAGCCUUUGAUGAGUUGUGAUUUUCCCGUAGCUGAGCCACAGCCCAUAACUACAUGUGACACUGUGGAAAGCGAUGACGAGGACCUCAUUCCGUCUUUACAUAAAGGGAAAGUACGACUUCAAAAGGAGACACAACCUAUUGCGACAUCUAGUGAUUUGGCUGUUGAAGUGCAGUCUAUGACUGAAGCUGCGAUCCAGCCUAUGGCUACAAGUGAUCAUAAUAAAACCAAUGAUGAUGACGAGUCAAUCGCAGUAUUGUGUAAUAAAAAAAAAGAAAAGCCACUGCAGCUUGAAGAAACUCAACUCCUGAUUGGUGGCGACUUUCCUGGAGCUGAGACCCAGCCAAUAGCUGCAAGUCAUACUGAUGAGAGUGAUAAUGAGAACCGUUUUCCAGUCUUAAUACAUCUUCAAAAAGAGACAAAACCCAUUAUGACAUCUAAUGAUUUGGCUGGUGAAGUUUAUUCUAUGACUGUAUCUUCAACAACGCCUAUGGCAUUCAGUGAAAAUGAGGAAAGCGAUGACGAAGACUCAAUUCCAGUUUUACAUAUCAAAAGAAAAGCCAGACCGCUGCACCUAGAAGACGAGACUCAACCCUUGAUUGCUUGCGACUUUUCUGUAGCCGGGACCCAGCCCAUAGGUACAAGUCCUACUGAUGAGAGUGAUAACCAGAACCAUAAUCCAGUCUUAGUACAUCUUCAGAAAGAAACAAAACCCAUAAUAACAUCUAACGAUUUGGCUGGUGAAGUUCAUUCUAUGACUGUGUCUUCAACAACGCCUAUGGCAUUCAGUGAAAAUGAGGAAAGCGAUGACGAAGACUCAAUUCCAGUUUUACAUAUCAAAAGAAAAGCCAGACCGCUUCACAUAGAAGACGAGAGUCAACCCUUGAUUGCUUGCGACUUUUCUGUAGACGGGAACCAGCCCAUGGGUACAAGUCCUACUGAUGAGCGUGAUAACGAGAACCAUAAUCCAGUCUUAGUACAUCUUCAAAAAGAUGCAAACCCCACUACAACUUCAAACAAGUCGGCUGUUGAAGUGCAGGCUAUGACUGUAGCUGCAACACAGCCUAUUGCUUUAAGUGAAAAUGAAGAAAGUGAUGUCGAAGACUUAAUUUCACUUUCACAUAAUGAACUAAAAAAUAGACUGCUGCAUAUAGAAGAAAAUACUCAACCCUUAAUUAGUUGCAGCUUACCUAUAGCCGAGACCCAGCCCAUGCCUACAUGUCAGACUGGGGAAAAUGAUGACGAGGACCCCAACCCUGCUUUAAAUGAAAAGGAAGUAAAACUUCCAAAGGAGACACAACCUAUUACAACUUCUAAAAGUUUGGAUGUGGAAGUACAGCAAGUGUCAAUAUCUGCAACCCAACCUAUGGCUACAAGUGAUUCUGAGGAAAGCAAAGAUGAGUCAAUUACAGUCUUACCUAAUGAAAGAAAAGUAAAGCCGGUUCAGCUUGAAGAAGAGACUAAACCCUUGAUUGGUCGCGACAUUUCUCUUGCCCAGACCCAGCCCACAGCUGCAAGUCAUACUGAUGAGAGUGAUAACGACAAUAUUAUUCCAAUCUUAGUACAUCUUCAAAAAGAUACAAAACCCAUUACAACAUUAGACAAUUUGGCUGUUGAAAUGCAGCCUAUUACUGAAGCAGCAACACAGCCCAUGACUUUGAGUGAAAAUGGGGAAAGUGAUGAUGAAAACUCAAUUCCAGUUUCACCUACUAAAACAAAAGCCAGACCGCUGAAGCUGGAAAAAGAGACACAACCCUUGAUUGGUUGCGACGUUCCUGUAGCCAAGACCCAGCUCAUAGCAACAUGUUACACUGAGGAAAGUGAUGACGAGGACCCCAUUCCUGCUUUAGAUCAAAGAAAAGUACAACUUCAGAAAGAGACACAACUUAAUACAACUUUUAAAAGUUUGUCAGUGGAAGUACAACAUAUGACUACAUCUGCAACCCAGCCGAUGGCUACAAGUGAUUCUGAUGAAAGCGAUGACGAGUCGAUGGCAGUCUCGCUUAAUAAAAGAAAAGCAAAGCCGCUUCAGCUUGAAGAAGAGACUAAACAUUUCAUUGGUUGCCACAUUCCUCUAGUCAAGUCACAGCCCAUAGAUGCACGUCAUACAGAUGAGAGUGAUAACAAGAAUCUUACCCCAGUCUUAGUACGCCUUCAAAAAGAAAUGAAACCCUUCACAACUUCUAACGAUUUGGCUGUUGAAGUGCAGCCUAUGACUGUAGCUGCAACACAGCCUAUGGCUUUGAGUGAUAAUGAGGAAAGUGUUGACGAAGACUUAAUUCCAGUUUCACUUAGUAAAAGAUUAAACAGACCUCUUCUUCUAGAAGAGGAGACACAACCCUUUAUUGGCUGCGACUUUCCUGUAGCUGAGACCCAGCCCAUAGCUACAUGUCACACUGAGGAAAGUUUAGAUGAGGACCCAAUUCCUGCUUUAAAUAAAGGAAAAGUACAACUUCAGAAAGAGACACAACCCGGCACAACUUCUAAAAGUUUGGCUGAAGAAGUACAACAUGUGACCAUAUCUACAAUCCAGCCGAUGCCUACAAGUGAUUUGGAGGAAAGUGAUGACAAGUCGAUGGCAGUCUUGCUUAAUAAAACAAAAGAAAAGCCGCUUCAGCUGGAAGAAGAGACUCAACCCUUGAUCGGUUGCAACAUUCCUGUAGUCGAGACCUCUGCUGUAAGUCAUACUGAUGAGAGUGAUAGCGAGAAUCUUAUUCCAGUCUUAGUACAUCUUCAAAAAGAGAUGAAACCCAUCACAACUUCUAACGAUUCGGCUGUUGAAGUGCAACCUAUGACUGUAGCUGCAACACAACUAAUGGCUUUGAGUGAAAAUGAGGAAAGCGAUGAUGAACACUCAAUUCCAGUUUCACAUUAUAAAACAAAAGCCGGACCGCUGCACCUCGAAAAAGAGAAACAACCCUUGAUCGGUUGCGACUUUACUGUAGCCGAAACCCAGGUGAUAGCUACAUGUCGCACUCACGGAAGUGAUGACGAGGACCCCAUUCCUGCUGUAGAUAAAAUAAAAGUACAACUGCAAAAAGAGAUACAACCUAAUACAACUUUUAAAAGUUUGUCUGUGGAAGUACAACAUAUGACUAUAUCUGCAACCCAACCUAUGGCUACAAGUGAUUCUGAUGAAAGCGACGACGAGUCAAUGGCAGUCUCGCUUAAUAAAAGAAAAGAAAAAACGCUUCAGCUGGAAGAAGACACUCAAACCUUGAUUGGUUGCAACUUUCCUAUAGUCGAGACCUUGGCUGUAAGUCAUACUGAUGAGAGUGAUAGCGAGAAUCGUAUUCCUGUCUUAGUACAUCUUCAAAAAGAGAUGAAACCUAUCACAACUUCAGACAAUUCGGCUGUUGAAGUGCAGCCUAUGACUAUAGCUGCAACACAGCCUAUGGAAUUGAGUGAAAAUGAGGAAGGGGAUGACAAAGACUCACAUUUAGUUUCAAAUGAUAAAACAAAAGCCAGACCGCUGCAUCUAGAAGAAGAGAUACUACCCUUGAUCGGUUGCGACUUUCCUGUAGCCGAAACCCAGCCGAUAACUACAUGUCACACUGAUGAAAGUGAUGACGAGGACCCCAUUCCUGCUUUAGAUCAAAGAAAAGUACAACUUCAGAAAGAGACACAACUUAAUACAACUUUUAAAAGUUUGUCUGUGGAAGUACAACAUAUGACUACAGCUUCAACCCAGCCGAUGGCUACAAGUGAUUCUGAUGAAAGCGACAACGAGUCGAUGGCAGUCCCCCUUAAUAAAAGAAAGGAAAAACAGCUUCAUUUUGAAGAAAACACCAAAUCCUUGAUUGGUUGCAACUUUCCGGUAGUUGAGACCCAGCGCAUCGCAAGUCAUACUGAUGAGAGUGAUAACGAGAAUCUUAUUCCAGUCUUAGUACAUCUUCAAAAAGAGACAAACCCCAUCACAACUUCUACCGAUUCGGCUGUUGAAGUGCAACCUAUGACUGUAGCUGCAACACAACUAAUGGCUUUGAGUGAAAAUGAGGAAGGUGAUCAUAAAGACUCAAUUCCAGUUUCACAUAAUAAAAUAAAAGCCAGACCACUGCACCUAGAAGAAGAGACACAACCCUUGAUCGGUUGCGACAUCCUUGUGGCUGAGACCCAGCCCACAGCUACAUAUCACACUGAGGAAAGUGACGAAAAGGACCCCGUUCCUGCUUCAAAUAAAAGGAAGGUCCAACUUCAAAAAGAGACACAACCUAAUACAACUUCUAAAAGUUUGGCUGUGGAAGAAAAGCAUAUGAUUACAUGUGCAAUCCAGCCAAUGGCUUCAAGUGAUCCUGAUGAAACUGAUGAUGAGGACCCAAUUAUGUACUCACAAAAUAAAAAAAAAACAAUGUCGCAGCAUUUAGAAAAAGAGUCUCAACCCUUGAUUGGUUGUGACUUUUCUGUAACCAAUACCAAGCCCAUAGCUGUGAGUCAUACUGACGAGAGUGACAGUGAGAUUGUUUUUCCAGUGUCAGUACAUCUUCCAAAAGAGACAAAACCUAUUUCAGCUUAUAACGAUUCGGUUGUAGUAAUGCAGUCUGUGACUGUGGCUGUUGAACAGCCCGUGGUUUUGAGUAAAGAUGAGGAAAGCGAUGAUGAUGACUCAAUUCUAGUUCCACAUAGGAAAAGAAAAGCCGGACCGCUGAAGCUUGAAGAGACCCAAUCCUUGAUUAGUUGUGACUUUCUUGCAGCUGAGACCCAGCCCACAGCUACAAGUCAAACCAAAGGGAUUGUUGACAAUGACCCUAUUCCUACCUUAUCUAAAAUAAAAAUCCAACUUCUGAAAGAGACGCAACCCUUUAGUUUGAAUGUAGCUACAACCCAGAUUAUGGCUGCAAGUGAAAAUGAGGUUAGUCAUGUUGACUGUAUUAGAAAAGAAAAUUUGCUGCAGGAGACACGGUCUCUUAACAGCACUGUUGAAGUAUCAGACAUUUCAAAUCCAAAAGGUCAGUCAGAAGAUGGAGAUAAAGACCUAAGGAGUUGUGAAGAUGAACCAUCAAUAGCUCCAAGAAAAACUCAAGAAAAGGAGCCUGAGACACUGGAGAUAUCUGCUCUUGGGGAUGUUUUACGUCCAAGUCAAGAGAAAGAAGAGUUCGAAGUCUCUUCUGCUAUUAGUCAGCCCAUGGACACAUGUGAAGAUGAAGAAGCAGACAGCGAGAUCUUUAUCCCGGGCCAACGAAGAAAUAAAGUCAAACCGCUGCAAUUUGAAGAUGAGACACAGUCCCUCGUGGGUUCUCAAAGUCAAUCAACCAAAAACGAACCAGGUCCAUCGCUUCAAAAGGAAACCUUGAAUGAAGUUGGAACUAGCAGCAGCAUUGUUGGAUGCUCAAGAACAACAAAAGAAUGUGAAGAGGAGGAAGAGACACAAAAAAGACAGACAAGGAGCAAAAAAGCUAGACAAAAGUCUGUGAAAUCCAGCCCUGGCAGGGCAAGUGAGAAAGAAGCCAUGAUGCAGCACACUAAGGACCAACAACGGAAUGAUAAUGAAAAUCAGAGCAUUCAACUAGAAAGAUUGGAAAGCAAGAGUAACAAAGAAGAGAGACAUGAAACUGAAAAAAGGGAGAAAGAAGCAAAGGAGAGACGACAAAAGGAAAUUGCAGAGAGGGAAAAGGAAGAACGGUUGCAAGCGACAAAAGAACAAGAAAUAAUCAAGAAGGAGAGGACAGACCUGGAGAUAUACGCCACAGAAAGACAGACACAGAAUGAGGAAGAAAAACCCAAAGUACCACGGAGAGGCCGAAGAGCAACCAGAAGAACCAUCGGCGCUGCAGCUGAGCUGGAACUUGAGGAUUGCCCGGCAAUGAGGACCAGAUCACGUUCCAACUCCUCCAACUCUAUCAACUCCGAGGUGUCCGCAUUGAGCACACAGGAGAGUCAGGGGAGAGGUAGAAGGGUGAAUCGUUUCAAUGGUCCUGCUAAGGCAACUACCAGUAGACGACAGACAGUGGCUUCUGGUAAUAGAGAACCACCAGAGCAGGACAUUGUUGGUGUUUCAAGGUCCAGUUCUUCCAAUUCUCUUGCUUCUGAGAUGUCCUGCAGCAGUCUCGGCUCUCGGAGUAGAGGAAGACGAGGCCGCAAGCGUGGAAGAGGGGGCAAAACGGAAUCAGGACCCAGUUGGUUCCAGCCUGUCUUUAGUCCAAACCCUUCGCCUAGGCCUACAACAAGAAGUAGGAGUGGUUGGAAAGCAGCUGUUACACCCAGUGAAAAUGAUUGUGAGAUGCCAGAUGUAAAACCAGCCUUUGCCACUCGAAGGCGCAGGCGAGCCGGCGUCAACGAGCCUACAACUGCAGAGCAGUCAAAUCAGGAGGACCAGUCUGCUGGUGAAGGCUCUCCUCUCCCUAAAAGAACAUUCAGGCGCCGAAAAGUAAAAAGUGAAGCUGUUGAGGCUUCAGUAGAUUCCCUAGGCAAUGAUCACAAAGAGGUAAAAGAAGACAAAGGAAAAGGAAGGAAAAGAGAGCUGGAGGCAGGAGAAGCCAAAGACGACACUCUAGCUCCAGUUCGGGCUAAGAGAAGAGGCACGGUUGCAAGACCAAAUCCCUUAGACACGGCCAGCGAGGAUGGAAGUGUGGCAUCUGUCAGUUCUGCUGUUGAAGUUACAGAGCCUCAGACUCCAAUCGGGAGCAAAAGCCGGAAGAGAAAAGCUUUUGUGGGAGCAUCUCCUGGAAUUUAUGGCGACGCCUCCCCAUCAACGAGUUGUCAACCACAAUCUGUCGAACAGUUUUAUAAGGUGCUGUUCACUGGGGUGGUGGAUGCUGCGGGCGAGAAAGUGUUGGCCCGUUUAGGAGGCGCUCUUGCCAAAGGCACUUCAGACAUGAACUGCCUGGUGACCGACAAGGUGCGCAGAACCGUCAAGUUCUUGUGCGCCGUGGCCAAAGGAGUCCCCAUUGUCACCACACACUGGCUGGAGAAGAGCGGUAAAGCUGGGAGCUUUUUGCCUCCUGAUGCCUUUAUUGUGAAGGAUCCAGAGCAGGAGAAGAAGUUCAGUUUCUGCCUAAAAGAGUCUCUGAGGCUCUCAAGCAGCCAUCCCCUUCUGCAGGGAUAUGAGAUCCACAUCACUAAGUCGGUGAAGCCAGAGCCAAUCCACAUGAAAGACAUCAUUGCCUGCAGCGGAGCCACUUUUCUUUCCAAGAUGCCUUCUUCCCACAAGCCUCAGACUAUAGUGAUCUCCUGCGAGGAAGACUGGCCGCUGUGUCGCGCUGCCGUCUCGGCCUCGCUCCCACUGGUCUCUGCGGAGUUCAUCCUCUCUGGAAUCCUGCAGCACAAAUUGGACUUUGACACUCACAAACUGUCCGGCCCGUCUGAUCACCUGCAGCCCACUCCGAGCCGGAGAGGGCGGGGCAGUAAGAAGUCGUAGCAUGAAGUAACUGACAGCAUCCCUUUCACAACUGCCUCCGUCCUGUUGCCAUGUACUUACAGCAAGUACUUUUUAAACAAGCCUUAUUUAUACCGUGGCGGAUGGGACUAACGACCCAUUCAUUAUCCCUGUCCUCCCGCUCCGCUCCACCUCAAACGAGCAGAGCAGGAAUUAACGUUACUUAACGUCCACUUCUGGCUGCAAUCACACACACGUUGACGCGCGGGUGUGUAAUUCGUGUUUGCCACACAACGACGGAUAGAUUUGGGCUUGCUUUUCCACAUAGAAAGUCAUUUCUUUCACGCUUAGAUGAUAACGAACAUAGCAGAGUGUCCUCCGUCUCCAUUAACAACCAACAAGCUCCAUUAAGGCCCCAUGCAAUCCUAUUAGCCGCGUACGGAAGGAGCGCAGCCCAGGCGGACGCUGCCUCUUCAUCAAUAUCUUAUGCUGUUUGUCCUUGCCGUGCAAUCAUCCGCAGCCUUUUUAACGGCGUAAAAUCACUCACUCGCGUGCGGAUGUGGCAAGAACUGCGCCCUUAUACUUGUAUCAUUCUCACAACCGCCUUUUAAAGAAAGAAGUGUGAACGUUCCAAUCAUGCAUCUUUAUAUGUUCACCACACAAAUUAAAUCAUUAAAUCUUUUCUAUUUUCUUCAA